AUGAAUUCCGAUUACGUUGGCGAUAAAUCAUCCCUCGACACUUCAUUCGAUGUUCUCAUAAUCGGAGCCGGGAUUUCCGGUAUCAAUUUGGCGUACCACAUCCACACCAAAGCCCCAGAACCAGCACCGUCAUCAUAUGCCAUUCUCGAGUCAAGGAGUAACCUGGGUGGCACUUGGGACUUUUUCAAAUACCCGGGUCUCAGGUCUGACUCGGAUAUGUUCACUUUCGGUUUGCCAUGGUACCCUUGGCGAAAGAACAAAACUAUAGCCUCUGGUGGUGAGAUCCGUUCCUAUCUAGAAGCUGCGGCUGUACACGCUGGGAUCGAUAGAAAUAUCAAGUACCAGCACCGAGUACUUUCGGCGCGCUGGUCAUCCCAGAACGCGCGUUGGGUCCUGGAUGUCGAAGUCAAUGGUGUCCCUGGGCAUAUUUACGAGGCGCGCUUUCUUAUACUUGGCACAGGCUACUACGACUAUGACGAGCCUUUGGCCACCCAGAUCCCAGGCCUUGACAACUUCGCUGGAACCAUUGUCCAUCCCCAAUUUUGGCCAGAGGACUUGGACUAUGUCGACAAGGACGUUGUUAUCAUUGGGAGUGGUGCAACUGCCGUCACCCUGCUACCAAAUCUUACGGAAAAGGCACACCAUACGACCAUGUUGCAAAGAAGUCCCACCUACAUCUCGCCGUUACCCUUGGUUGAUAAGCUGGCGCAGGUCGAACGAGCCAUGUUGCCCGCUCGCCUCGCCGGACGAGUCACUCGACUUCGCCGCGUUAUUAGAUUCUUCGGCUUCUACUGGUUCUGCAAGUUCUUCCCCAACACCGCAAAACGACUCCUUCACGACCUGUGCACGAAACUCCUUCCCUCUGAUAUCCCUGUUGACCCACAUUUUACUCCUCGCUAUGACCCUAUGGACCAGCGGCUCUGUGCGUCUCCAGAUGGUGACUUUUUUGCCAGCCUGCGUUCUGGAAAGGCGAGCAUAGUGACAGACACUAUCAAGAGGGUUACUGAAGAUGAGAUAAUCCUAGAUUCGGGUGCAAAGUUGCAACCUGAUAUUAUUGUCACAGCGACUGGCCUCAAGCUACGCAUUGGCGGUGGUAUUCAAUUUUUCGUCGACGGCGAACCAGUCAAUAUUGUUGAUGGGUUUGCUUGGAAAGGGUUCAUGCUGCAAAACGUGCCUAACUUGGCUUUCGUGGCCGGUUACUACAACGCUGCAUGGACUUUGGGCGCAGAAGUGACAGGCGUGGCCGUUGUGAGGUUAUUGCGCCAGAUGAAGUCCAGGGGGUUUUCCUGUGUUGUUCCACGGCUUGGGAGAUCCGAUCAAAAUAUGGAGCCGCAGUCGUUCUUUAAAAUCUCGUCUACGUAUGUCAAGGAUGCUAUCAAGUAUACGCCUAAGGGAGGAACGGGACAGUGGGCACAUAGGUGGAAUUACUUUUUUGAUCUCGCGAAAGCUAGCUGGGGGGAUCAUAAGUCUGGUUUGGAGUACUUUUAG